AAGCAAAAGCAGCAGCCAUGGCCACUGCAACCUCUCCCAUUGCCAGCCAGCUCAGUUCCAGCUUCGCUUCAUCCAACACGAGAGCUUUGAUCUCUCCUAAAGGCCUCUCCGCUUCGCCCCUCCGACGCAUCCCUACAAGAACACACUCCUUCACCAUCAGAGCCAUCCAAGCUGAUAAGCCGACUUUCCAAGUGAUUCAGCCGAUCAAUGGAGACCCAUUCAUUGGAAGCCUUGAGACUCCAGUAACCUCAAGCCCACUGAUAGCAUGGUAUCUUUCAAACCUCCCAGCCUACAGAACAGCAGUCAGCCCAUUGCUGAGGGGAAUAGAAGUGGGCCUGGCUCACGGUUUCUUUCUGGUUGGUCCAUUUGUCAAAGCUGGCCCUCUAAGGAACACAGCCUACGCCGGAGGAGCAGGCUCGCUGGCUGCUGGGGGUCUCAUUGUCAUUUUGAGCGUCUGCUUGACAAUGUAUGGUGUUGCAUCAUUCAAUGAAGGAGAGCCAUCUACCGCACCAUCAUUGACUUUGACUGGCCGGAAGAAGACCCCUGAUCCUCUCCAAACAGCCGAUGGGUGGGCAAAAUUCUCAGGCGGGUUUUUCUUCGGUGGUAUCUCCGGUGUGAUCUGGGCAUACUUCCUCCUCUAUGUCUUGGACCUCCCUUACUACGUCAAGUAGAUUUUGUAUCAUUUUCUGUUUCUACAAUGCAACUUCCAUGUCUGUAUUAUGGAAACAUAAAAUUGUAUAUUUUCUGCCAAACCUCUUUGUUAGAUCCUUUGUGAUUGCAUAUCGAUUUCCUUUUUGGAACUGUUAUGUAU